AUGUCUAGCGCAUAUCGCGCUCAUGCGAAAAAGUCAAGGUCUACACUAUAUACUGGAGCUGCAAUUGUGGGUACUGGUGGUGUGGCUGGGUACCUUGGGUAUUUAUAUGCGAGUGCGAGUGGGAAAGGUGACUCAAAAGUUUUGUUUCCAUUGGGUUCGAAGACCAAGCUGCAAGAUUUGGAUUCGCCGGUGUAUCUAGAUCCUGAGUUUGACCUGGCACAGUUCAGAGAACGUCUUGGACAGAUUGUUCGGGAACAAGAUAUCUCGUUCAAAAAAACUGACAUCGACGACCACUCGUUCAAUAACUACACGUUGCAUAAGCCCAAGGACAAUGAGAGGCCAUAUGUGAUUGUGUUCCCGCAGGACACCGACCAUGUGUCGGAAAUCAUGAAGUUGUGCUAUGAGUUCAAGGUUCCCGUGAUCCCAUUCGCCGGUGGUACCUCUAUCGAGGGGCAAUUUGUUUCGACUAGGAACAUAAAGGACAGUGCUGCUGCAUCUGAGGAGCAGAACAACACGGUCACCUUGGUGCUGGACUUUAACAAGUACAUGAAUAAAGUCAUCAAAAUCAACGUUGACGAUUUGGACUGUGUGGUACAGCCUGGUGUUGUUGCUAAGCAGCUGAAUGACGAGCACCUGAAUCAGCUUGGUCUGAUGUUUGGACCCGACGGUGCGCCGGGAUGCGAGAUCGGAGGGCAAAUUGGAACCUCGUGCUCCGGAACCAACGCCUACAGGUACGGGACGAUGAAGGAAAACGUUGUGAACAUGACAGUUGUCCUCGCAGACGGAACAAUCAUCAAGACUCGACAAAGACCAAAGAAAUCGUCUAACGGUUACAAUCUUACUGGUCUGUUUAUCGGAUCUGAGGGUACCCUUGGCGUGGUAACAGAAGCAACAGUGAAGUUACACGUCAAACCAAUAUACGAAACGAUCAGCAUUGUAAGCUUUGAAGACCUAUCCAAGGCCUCGCAUUUAGUGCAACUUCUAACGAAAAAAGGUAUAUUGGGAAUAAACGCUAUCGAGUUGCUAGAUGGUAACAUGAUGAAAGCUAUCAACUUUAGCGGGCAAACUUCAAGAAAGUGGAAAGAGCAGCCAACACUGCUCUUCAAACUGGGAUCGCAUAAUAAAAAGAUCCUGAAGGAAGUCGUCAAUGAUAUCAAAAAACUCUCGAAAGAUGCCCAAUGCACAUCCUGUGAGUUCGCAGAAACACAUGAACAGCAAGAGGAGCUGUGGUCUGCUAGAAAAGCUAUCUUCUGGUCUUCAAUUGACUAUGGUAGACACCUGUUUGGGCCAGAUGUCAAAAUAUGGUCGACUGACAUUGCAGUCCCCGUAUCGAAACUGGCGUCAGUCAUAGACGAGACUUUGGAAGAAGUUACCAGUUCCGGUCUGUAUGGAACAAUUGUGGGCCAUGUAGGUGAUGGUAACUUCCACUGCCUGGUUAUGUAUAAUGACACGAACGAAAAGAAAGCCUUGGAGGUCAUAGACAAUAUGAACAUUCGCGCUAUUGCCAAUGAGGGAACAUGUAGUGGUGAGCACGGUAUUGGUACUUCAAAGAGGAAAUUUUUGGCUCUGGAACUUGGUGAUGAUACUAUAUCAGUUAUGAGAAGGAUAAAAAUGGCCCUGGAUCCUUCACGUAUUCUUAACCCAGAUAAGCUCUUUAAAAUCGACCCAUCAGACAAGAACGAUUAG